GCCGCGGGGGCUGCCGGCGGCCGGCGCGCGUGUCGGGUGGGUGGCCGCGCGCGGGCCUCGGCCCCCUGCCCCGCCGCCAGGGCUAGCCCGGCCCCCCCGCAGCCAUGCAGGCGCCGCCGCCGCCCUACGACUUCGGCAGCGACGAGAACGCGCCCAAGUGGCGGGGGCUGCUGGUGCCCGCGCUGAAGAAGGUUCAGGGACAAGUUCAUCCUACUCUUGAGUCUAGUGACGAUGCUCUUCAGUAUGUUGAAGAAUUAAUCUUGCAGCUGCUGAACAUGCUGUGCCAGGCCCAGCCCCGCAGCGCUUCUGACGUGGAGGAACGUGUUCAGAAAAGUUUCCCUCACCCAAUUGAUAAAUGGGCCAUAGCGGACGCCCAGUCAGCCAUUGAGAAGAGGAAGCGCAGGAACCCCUUGUCCCUCCCGGUCGAGAAGAUCCACCCCCUGCUGAAGGAGGUCCUAGGUUAUAAAAUUGAUCACCAGGUUUCUGUUUACAUUGUAGCAGUAUUAGAAUACAUUUCUGCAGACAUUUUAAAACUGGUGGGGAAUUAUGUGAGAAAUAUCCGGCAUUAUGAAAUCACAAAGCAAGAUAUUAAAGUGGCCAUGUGUGCUGAUAAGGUAUUGAUGGAUAUGUUUCAUCAGGAUGUAGAAGAUAUAAAUAUAUUAUCUUUGACUGAUGAAGAGCCUUCCACCUCAGGAGAACAAACCUACUAUGAUUUAGUAAAGGCAUUUAUGGCGGAAAUUCGACAAUAUAUAAGGGAGCUAAAUUUGAUUAUAAAGGUUUUUAGAGAGCCGUUUGUCUCCAACUCAAAACUGUUUUCAGCUAAUGAUGUGGAAAACAUAUUUAGCCGCAUAGUGGAUAUUCACGAACUUAGUGUGAAGCUACUGGGCCACAUUGAAGACACUGUAGAGAUGACAGACGAAGGCAGUCCCCACCCCUUAGUCGGAAGCUGCUUUGAAGACUUAGCAGAGGAGCUGGCAUUUGAUCCGUAUGAGUCAUAUGCUCGAGAUAUCCUGCGACCUGGUUUUCAGGAUCGUUUCCUUAGUCAGCUAUCGAAGCCUGGGGCAGCUCUCUACUUACAGUCAAUAGGCGAAGGUUUCAAGGAAGCUGUUCAGUAUGUCUUGCCGAGGCUCCUCCUGGCCCCUGUGUAUCACUGUCUACAUUACUUUGAGCUUCUGAAGCAGCUAGAAGAAAAAAGUGAAGAUCAGGAAGACAAGGAAUGCUUGAAGCAGGCAAUCACGGCUUUGCUAAAUGUGCAGAGUGGUUUGGAGAAAAUCUGCUCUAAAAGCCUUGCAAAACGAAGACUGAGCGAGUCUGCGUGCCGCUUCUACAGCCAGCAGAUGAAGGGGAAGCAGCUGGCCAUCAGGAAGAUGAACGAGAUCCAGAAGAACAUUGACGGCUGGGAGGGGAAGGACAUCGGGCAGUGCUGCAACGAGUUCAUCAUGGAGGGGACGCUGACGCGGGUGGGCGCCAAGCACGAGAGACACAUAUUCCUCUUUGACGGCUUAAUGAUCUGCUGCAAGUCCAACCACGGGCAGCCGCGGCUCCCGGGUGCGAGCAAUGCAGAAUACCGUCUCAAAGAGAAGUUUUUCAUGAGAAAGGUACAAAUCAAUGACAAAGACGACACCAGUGAGUACAAGCAUGCUUUUGAGAUUAUUUUAAAAGAUGAAAAUAGUGUUAUAUUCUCUGCCAAGUCAGCUGAAGAGAAGAACAACUGGAUGGCAGCCCUGAUAUCUUUGCAGUACCGGAGCACCCUGGAGAGGAUGCUGGACGUGACCGUGCUGCAGGAGGAGAAGGGGGAGCAGAUGCGCCUCCCCAGUGCCGACCUGUACAGGUUCGCGGAGCCCGACUCCGAGGAGAACAUUCUGUUUGAGGAGAACGUGCAGCCCAAGGCUGGGAUCCCCAUCAUCAAGGCGGGGACUGUGGUCAAGCUCAUCGAGAGGCUCACGUACCACAUGUAUGCAGAUCCCAAUUUUGUUCGGACGUUUCUUACAACCUACAGAUCAUUUUGUAAACCUCAAGAGCUACUGAGUCUUAUAAUAGAAAGGUUUGAAAUCCCAGAGCCCGAGCCCACGGAAGCUGAUCGCAUCGCUCUAGAAAACGGAGACCAGCCCCUGAGCGCAGAGCUGAAACGGUUCAGGAAAGAGUAUAUACAGCCUGUCCAGCUCCGAGUCUUGAACGUCUGUCGACACUGGGUCGAGCACCACUUCUAUGAUUUUGAGCGAGACGCAGACCUCUUGCAGCGAAUGGAGGAAUUCAUUGGGACAGUAAGAGGUAAAGCGAUGAAAAAAUGGGUUGAAUCCAUCACUAAAAUAAUCCAAAGGAAAAAGAUUGCAAGAGACAAUGGACCAGGUCAUAACAUCACAUUUCAGAGCUCGCCUCCCCCCGUGGAGUGGCACCUGAGCAGACCCGGGCAGGUCGAGAACUUUGACCUGCUCACCUUGCACCCGAUAGAGAUUGCGCGCCAGCUCACGCUGCUUGAAUCAGACCUGUACCGAGCUGUCCAGCCAUCGGAAUUAGUUGGAAGUGUGUGGACCAAAGAAGACAAAGAAAUUAAUUCUCCUAAUCUCCUGAAGAUGAUCCGGCACACAACCAACCUCACGCUGUGGUUUGAGAAGUGUAUUGUAGAAACUGAAAACCUGGAGGAAAGAGUAGCUGUGGUGAGUAGGAUAAUCGAGAUUCUGCAAGUCUUUCAAGAACUGAACAACUUCAACGGUGUCCUGGAGGUGGUCAGUGCCAUGAACUCGUCCCCCGUGUACCGGCUAGACCACACGUUCGAGCAAAUACCAAGUCGCCAAAAGAAAAUCCUAGAAGAGGCCCAUGAGCUGAGUGAAGAUCACUACAAGAAGUACCUGGCGAGGCUCCGGUCCAUCAACCCGCCGUGCGUGCCUUUCUUUGGAAUUUAUCUCACUAACAUCUUGAAGACAGAAGAAGGCAACCCCGAGGUGCUGAAGAGGCACGGGAAGGAGCUCAUCAACUUCAGCAAGCGGAGGAAAGUGGCCGAGAUCACGGGCGAGAUCCAGCAGUACCAGAACCAGCCCUACUGCCUGCGCGUGGAGGCGGACAUGAAGAGGUUCUUUGAAAACUUGAAUCCAAUGGGAAGUAGCAUGGAAAAAGAAUUUACUGAUUACCUUUUCAACAAAUCCCUAGAAAUAGAACCACGAAACGCUAAGCCUCCUCCACGAUUUGCUAAGAAAUACAGCUAUCCCCUAAAAUCUCCCGGUGUCCGUCCGUCGAACCCGAGACCAGGGACCAUGCGACACCCGACGCCUCUGCAGCAGGAGCCCCGGAAGAUCAGCUACAGCCGCAUCCACGAGAACGAGGCGGAGAGCACCGCGUCCGCCCCCAACUCCCCCCGCACGCCGCUCACGCCCCCGCCCGCCUCCGGGGCCUCCAGCGCCACCGACGUCUGCAGCGUGUUUGACUCGGAGCACUCGAGCCCGUUCCACUCAAGCAGCGAUGCGGUCUUUAUCCAGGUGGCCCCGCCCCACGGCCCACGGUCUGCGUCCGUGUCAUCUAUCAGCCUCUCGAGGGGCUCUGACGGCGCGUCUGUACCCCCUCCCGUUCCUCCGCGGAGACGGCCAGAAUCGGCGCCGGCGGAGUCGUCGCCAUCUAAGAUGAUGUCCAGGCACCUGGACAACCCGCCCGCCAUCCCGCCGCGGCAGCCCACGUCGAAGGCCUACUCCCCGCGCUACUCGCUGUCGGAGCGCACGUCCGUCUCGGAGCCCCCCGACAGCCCCAGCCCCCCGCUGGUGCCGCCGCGAGAGCCCGUGCGGACCCCCGACGUCUUCUCCAGCUCCCCGCUCCACCUGCAGCCCCCGCCGCUGGGCAAGAAGAGCGACCACGGCAACGCCUUCUUCCCCAACAGCCCGUCCCCCUUCGCGCCGCCGUCCCCGCACGGCCCCCGGAGACAGCUGCCCUCGCCCCCCGCCUCCGGGGCGGCCCCGCACCCCGCCCCCGGGCCGCCCGUGCCCCCGAGGCAAAGCACUUCGCAGCUCAUCCCCAAACUCCCGCCAAAAACUUACAAAAGGGAGCACACGCACCCCUCCGUGCACAGGGACGGCCCCCCACUGCUGGAGAACGCCCACUCCUCCUGACUCCCGCCAGCCGGACCCGGGGGGCCGGACAGCUGACCACAGGCCUCUCCGGGCGUCUCGUGGCCGAGGGACGGGACUCGGGCCCCGUGACGACGGUUUUUGUAACUCAGACUCUCAUGCACUUUGUAAGAAGAGAUCUCCGACGGGGCGGGGCGGCGCCUGCCCCCGCCCGGCCCUCCCUCCCGAGAGGGUUUUCGUAGCGACCGCGCGGGCUGAGGAGGCGGGCGGGCGCCGGGCUUCACCAAAGAGGUACUUUUGUUUUUGUUUUUAAGAAUAAUGACCCCGUCUUAGGACCAUUCCCCCACCCUCGGCACGGGCGAGACGCGGUGGUGGUGGCUUCGGGGGAACUCGGGCACCGACACGGGAGGACUCUGGGACGGCAGCUGUCGGGCAGACGACUCCCGUUCUGGACUGGUCACCCGUGCGAGGCUAUCGCGCCCCGGCCCCCACGAGAGUUUACCGGCCCCCUCGCCACGGCGCGGCUGUGCUCAGCGCACGGGGGAGACGCAGCCCCCGCCCGGGCUCCCGACGACUCGUGUUCCCGGGGGCGGGCCCUGGUCACGUGUAUAUAGUGAAUGUUCAAUAAUAUAAUUGGCAGGUCUUUUAAUUUAAUUGAAUAAAGAUACAGAUACUUUG